AUGGAGCCAGGGCUGCAGCAAACAAGCAGCCACGGGGCCCCUUUCCCUGACCCAGACAUGCAGAUACCACCCGACUCGGUGGCCAGCCCCUGGAGAAGCACGAGGCCCUGGAGAACAACAAGCCACAGCUACUUCUACCUCAGCACCACCGCCCUGGUGUGCCUCGUUGUGGCAAUGGCGAUCAUCCUGGUCCUGGUAGUGCAGAAGAAGGACUCCACUCCCAGAACAACCGACAAGGUUCCCCUUAAAGGAGGAAAUUGUUCAGAGGAUCUCUUAUGUACGCUGAAAAGGACUCCAUUCAAGAAGUCAUGGGCCUACCUCCGAGUGUCAAAACAUCUCAACAAUACCAAACUGUCAUGGAACCAAGACGGCAUCAUCCAUGGAGUCGGAUACCAGGAUGGGAACCUGGUGGUCCAGUUCCCAGGCUGGUACUUCAUCAUUUGUCAACUGCAGUUUUUCGUGCAGUGCUCAAAUCAUUCAGUGGACCUGUCGUUGAGGCUCCUCGUCAAUUCCAAGGUCAAGAAGCAGGCACUGGUAACAGUGUGCGAGUCUGGAAUUCAAACCAAGAACAUCUACCAGAAUCUCUCUCAGUUCUUGCUGUAUUACUUACAGGUCAACUCUACCAUAUCGGUCAUGGUGGAUAAUUUUCAGUAUGUGGAUACAAACACUUUUCCUCUUCAAAAUGUGCUGUCCAUCUUCUUAUACAGUAGUUCAAACUGAAUAGUUACUCUCAGCCUUUAGGUAGGAAAAUGCUAUCUACCGUACAGUACUUCAUCCUUCCAAACAUGGGCAAAAGGAAAAUGUUAGGACAACUGAAACCAAGUGUAUGAAUUAGUGUACUCUCCCUCUGUCCUUUGGAAAGAUACAGCCCCAGGGCUU